UUCGCUGACCCAACCCCCGACCCUCCCUUUACAUACCAUGCCCAGGUCCAUUUCCCCAAUCCCCGACAAAUAGAAGCUUCAUUCCUCUCAACGUAAUCAUUCCGAAAUUGGGGUGACACACUACCUGAUCGAAGCACAGUUUGGGUAUUGCGAUUGUGCGUCGGGUAAUAAGAUCUUUCGUUACACUGUUCACGUGUUGUUGUUGUGCGCCCCAACAUAGAGUCUCACUUCGUUUCACCUUUUCACGAAUUGCAGACUGCAGUUUAUUUCUUGGUGACGAGGCAUUGAAGGAGGGAGAUUUAAAAGAAAAAAAUAGUUUGAAGUUGGUGAAGCAAAGGGAUCAAAUUGACCAAAGUGCAAGAAAUGGCAGACCCUAAGGUUCCAGAGCACCAUCUCACACCUCAGGGACGGAUUUACGGGAGAGUGACCAGGACCGACGAGAAAACACCCGAGGUUGCUCCCGAUUUCAAAGGACAUGGCGCCACACCGCAACAGAAAGAAGACGAGAACAAGUCGUGGAUAUCUGAAGGUCACACAACCGCCGACGUCGAUGAGCAGAACAGCAAUGAGAAGGGCGAGCCUCAACCUGACGUGUAUGCCCAAAGAGUAAACCAAAGUUUAGGUCCUCUGACCUCCGUGAAGGACAAAAUAGCGGACACUCUAGAAUCAGGAAAGGAGAAAAUCUCCGGCUCUGCCCACAUGGCCAGUGAAGCGAAAGACUCAACCAAGGGAACUUUUUCGCUGUACACUCAAGCGGCGUGGAACAAGAUAAAUGGGCUGAAACCCACACUGGGUGCAAAUGAGCCAUCGAAGCAGGCUGGGUCUGCGGUGGACGACACGACGAACGCGGUCAAGGACAGGAUAGCAGAGAUCACAAGCAAAGGGCAACAUGACAACACAAUGUCAGGCAAGGCGUCGGAGAAACCUCUGGGACACAACAUCCUCGCUGCUGGUGGCGAUGAUGUUCUGAAGGUCCUUUCGGACGGCGAUUCCACUGAGGACGAUCCCUUGAAGGCCAACAUGAGGGUGACGGCGGAGAUGCUCAUGUAGAAUCACUCACUUUCUUCUUCUUCUGUGAAAACAUCCUUGUAAAGCCCAUUAUGUUCCAAGCUCCCAAAUCAACACACAAACUCAUGUCACAGAAUCAAAACUAUCAAACCCACAAACAUCCACCUUAACAAAAACUCCCAUACUUUCAACACAUCACAGAUUGCUAUCAACUAUCAUGCACUACAAAUCACCAAACCAAACAGCAACAUCAUAAAAAACUAACACACAAUCUUCAAAAAAGAAAUUAAACUACUUUAGGUUAAAAUUUAUCAAUAAGUAAGUAGUAAGAACAAAAGCAAAGAAUUGCAUAAUAUCUAAGUAUGCUCAAUCCGGUCUGAUCACAGCUGAAGACUCUCCUCCGGAAUCACCCACAUCAGUUGAAUGCCGGAGUGCAUAACACAGAAACUAGUGGUGCGAUAAGCGUGCGAUUUGUACACAUCGUCGAUGAUUCAUAGCUACAAGUUCCAAAAACCCGAUGGACUCAGGGUUAAUUGAUGUUUGAUAUCAUUGAAACAAUAUUAUGAUAUAGGGCAGCCACAAAUUGAAUAUAUGUUUCUUAUGAACAAAAAUACCAUAAGAAUCAUUGUAAUUAUUUAAAAAAUUAGAAUAAAACUAUCUUAUAUUGUUAUUCAAGUAUACUUGAUAAUAUCUUUAUUUUACAUUUUAUAUUCAAUAUUGAAUAAUCCACA